UGAGUCUUCAGCGGAGAGAGCUGGGCACAGAACAACCUUCCAGUAAUAUCCGGGACCCGCGUGUGACAGUCAGCUGAUAGCAUUGUGGUUUAAAUAUUUUACUUCAGUACAGUAGCUAGUCUGUUUAGAUCUGUUUGCAGUUAGAUUUGAUAUUUUAAGAAUAGGCUAGGUAGACCGGUUAGAACUGGUGUGUGGAAAAAUGGCUGCACACCCGCCAAAGACAAAGAUUUUGAUCAGUGCCAAUGAAAGGUUGCAAAGCCUGAAAGAGGCCUUUGAGAAAAAAUAUGGAGAGUCGCCUUUGUUUUAUGCACGAGCUCCUGGAAGAGUAAAUUUAAUAGGAGAGCAUAUUGACUACUGCGGCUACGCUGUGCUCCCGAUGGCAAUUGAGCAGAGUAUUCUAGCUGCUGUAACUGUCAACGAUGCCAAGACAAUCCACCUGGCCAAUGCAAAUCCAAUAUACAAGGAUUUUACUGUCUCUUCAGAAGACAUCAAGAUAGACAGAAAUAAUCCUCAGUGGUAUUAUUACUUUCUAUGCGGAGUCAAAGGGAUCCAGGAGCACCUAGGGGGUGACCCACUGUCUGGCAUUAAGUGUGUUGUGGAUGGCAGUAUUCCUGCUAGCUCCGGCCUGUCUAGCUCCAGUGCUUUGGUCUGCUGUGCUGCGCUCCUCACCAUGGAGGCAAACCACAAGUCCCUCAACAAGGUGGCGCUGGCAGAGAUCUCAACUAAGUGCGAGAGGUAUAUUGGCACUGAGGGCGGGGGCAUGGACCAGUCCAUUUCAUUCCUCGCAGAGGAAGGAACUGCCAAGCUGAUCGAGUUCCAUCCCCUGAGGGCGAGUGACGUGCGUCUCCCGGACGGAGCGGUGUUCGUCAUCUCCAACUGCUGUGUGGAGAUGAACAAGGCCGCCACCUCCCACUUCAACAUCCGCGUGGUCGAGUGCCGGAUAGCCACCAAGAUGCUGGCCAAGGCGAGGGGCUUGGACUGGGCCCGUCUGCUGAAGCUGUCCGAGGUGCAGGCCUCCCUCGGCGCCUCCCUGGAGGAGAUGCUCAGGCUGGUGGCCGAGGUGCUGCACCCGGAGCCGUACAGCCGGGAGGAGGUCUGCAGGGUCCUGGGCAUCACCGCGGAGCAGCUCAGCACCGACCUGCUCAGCCCAAACACACAGCACGUGACACAGUUCAAGCUGUACCAGCGGGCCCGGCACGUGUACGGCGAGGCAGCGCGCGUCCUGCGCUUCAAGAGCGUGUGUGACGAGGCUCCGUCGGCCGGCAACGCCGUGCAGCGCCUGGGAGACCUGAUGAAGCAGAGCCACGCCAGCUGCCGGGACCUGUACGAGUGCAGCUGUCCGGAACUGGACCGGCUGGUCGAGAUAUGUCUACAGUCGGGUGCAGUGGGAUCCCGGUUGACUGGGGCUGGCUGGGGGGGCUGCGCCGUCUCCAUGGUUCCCACCGACAGGGUAGAGGCGUUCCUAACAAGCGUCAGAGAGCUGUACUACACACCGGACCCACACCGAGCCGCUCUGGAGAAACAGAGCCUCUUUGUUUCCAAGCCAGGCGGAGGUGCAGCCAUCUACCUGGAGGAGUGAAACCAGGGAAACCUGUCCCUGCAAUUCAAGGUCACAUGUCUUUCUACUGGUUUGUGACUUUUCUAGUAUUUUUUUUAAAUACUACUAUUUCAAAAUAAUUUCCAUGCCAAAAUGACACUUGAUGAUUUUGUGAUGUCAUGGCCAAUGGAAAUCAAAGAUGGCCUGGGUCGAUCUGUAGGCGCUUCAACCAACUUCAUUUGACCAGCUGAUAGCGCAGACAUACUGGCACUUAAACUGCCUUUAUUUUGAAAAUACAAUAAACAGAUGGUUACAGCUGAACUUUGAAGUAAUGAAAAAAACAAUCCAACUGACUAUUUACAUUGUGGGUUUGGGGGUGUGUUCAUACAGAAAAGGGGAGGGGCUGUGGAAAAGGCCACUGAUUGUCCACACAGUGCAAACAGCUUGCUUCCAUUGUUGUGUGUCUGUUAUGUAUGUUUGUCGGAAUCAAGGAUUAAAUUUGUUUGUUUACUUUC